AUGCCUCGUCGAAGGCGUCCUGCUCGUCCAGGUGCUCUCGCAGACCUCGCGCCAAAACGGAUCCUCGCCCAGAUCGUCAUACUACAACUCCUAUACUACGCCGUCGCAGCUGCCUUGAUCUUGUUCACCACUCUGGUCGCAGGCAGAGACGUUACUGCAGACCUCCUCCUCAGCUGGCGCACUGUCCGAAGCGAUGUCACUACAGGAUGGAUGCUCGGUCUCUGCUGGAUGAUGGACAGCCUGAUCUGGUAUGCCGCAACUUGUCCUCGAGUGCCUGUCCCUGCCUUGCUAACACAUUUGCGCCAACNNAGUGUCAUCUUCCUGCUGCUUUUCAUCGCCCGAUCCAAACUCGUCCCCGACUUCGCCAUUACCAUCCACGUCAUCAACCUCGUCGUCACCACCUUCUACACUAAAGAGUUGCCGACCCAGCUCUUCUGGUGGGGCCUACAGUUCUGCAGCGCUGCCCUCAUGACAUUCCUCGGCGUUUGGGCUUGUCAAUGGAGAGAGUUGAAACCCAUAUCUUUCGGAGGAAAAUCGAAACAGUCCGCUGCUAAUUCCGACCCAGCUGCUGUAGAGGAGGGUGCUGGUUUUGCAAGAGAAGGCAGGGGUGCUGGGAAUGAUGGAGCUGGAGCAUAUGAAAUGGUUGCCAUGUCCGAAAGAGACCACGCUGCAUGA